AUGGGGGAGAGGGAGGUGCCCUCCCGGGACGCGCCAGAGCCUGCUGCCCCCCAGCCGGGCACUGGCAGCCCCAAGUCCUGGGGGGCCGUCCCCCUGGAGCCCCCCAGCUGUGCCUCCGCCCGCCUUCCCGGCACGCUGGCACAUGCCCGGGCCGCCCCGCGGCAGGCGGGGGCCCUGGGGAAGGAGGAGGAGGAGGAGGAGGAAGAGAAAGAAGAUGCUGAGGACUCAGCCUCGGCUGCUGCCACCGCCGCAGCCGCCCCAGCCCUGGGCUCCCUUCUGGCCAGCCGCAGGCUCAGCCUGGACCUGUACCCGGGCGGCUGCGGCCUCCUGCUACACCUGCUGGGAGAGGGGGGGGCGGCCGCCGCCCUGCAGGGGGUCGAGUUCCUCCGGCUCAACUGCCAUGAGGAGCAGGUGGGGGCGGCCCUGGCAGUGCUCCCGCGGCUGCGGCGCCUCCGCUCUCUGGUCCUCAAAGGCGGGCACCUCCGUGACGAUGGGGGCUCGUGCCUCCGUGGCGCCCUGACCACUCUGCCCCCCGGUCUCAGUGCUCUGGCCCAUCUGGUCCACCUGGAUCUCAGCUUCAACAGCCUCAGGGUGCUGCCAGCCUGUAUCCCGGAGAUGCGCCGUCUGGAAGCCCUCCUGCUCAGCCACAACCUCCUGGAGGGGCUCCCGGAGGCCCUGGGGGCCCUCCGGGCCCUCACCUUCCUCUCUGUCUCCAGCAACUGCCUGCGGGCAUUGCCACCGGGCAUGGCCCAGAUGAGUGCCCUGCAGCGCCUGGACCUGUCUGAGAACCUCCUGGAAAUGGUGCCCGAAGAGAUCGGGGCCCUGAGCAGCCUCAGCGAGCUCAGUCUGGCCUCCAACCGCCUCCGGAGCCUCCCAGAGUCCCUGGCCAGCCUCCGCUCCCUGCGGCUGCUCCUGCUACACAGCAACCUCUUGGUGUCCGUCCCUCUGGGCCUCGCCCGCCUCCCGCUCCUCACCCGGCUGGACCUGAGAGACAACAGACUUCGGGACGUGCCCCCAGAGAUCCAGGAGGCCCCCUUCGUGCGGCUGCAGGGCAACCCCUUGGGGGUGCCUGAGCCCAUCCCCGCAGCCCCCUCAGGGGAAGACCCAGCCCCCGAAGUGCCCAGAAUCCUGCUGGCCUCGGAUGCAGACAGUUUCACGGUCACGUCCCGCGGAUGCUCGGUGGCCCUGGCCUGUGGGGUCCGCAUGCUCUUCCCCCCGGGCGCCACCGCCGCCCCCACCACCGUCCGCUACCAGCAGCUGCCCCCGGAGCCUCGGCUCGUCUGGCUGGGCCCCCACGAUGCCCUGCUCAGCGCCGUCCUGGAGCUGCAGCCCCACGGGACCCCCUUCCAGCAGGAGGUGCACCUGUGGCUGCCUUUCGUGCCCCCUCGUGCCCGGCACGGCUGCCAAGUGGUGGUCAGGACCCUGAGCGGCCAGACGUGGAAGGACCUGGACACCCGCUUGGAGAAGGAAGAAAAGCCCAAGCGCCUCUGGGCCAGCUGCCGAGUGCCUCACUUCUCCUGGUUCCUGGUGGUGGCCCGGCCCGUGGAAGACAGCUGCUCCGUGCCCCGGGAGGGGACGCUUCUGUGCUCCUCGGGGGACCCCGGGGUCAAAGUCAUCUUCCCGGCGGGCGUCACCGCCGAGCCCCGCCACGUCCGGAUGCAGGUGGUGAGGGUGGCAGCCUGGGCUCUGGGGGAGGACGUCGAGGAUGCCGUCAGCCCCCUGCUCUGCCUCUCCCAGGACAGCCCCCACAGCUUCCUCUGCCCCGUCACCAUCCAGCUGCCCCUGCCCCCGGGCAUCACCGGCCUGAGCCUGGACCGGGCCCGUCUGCACCUGCUCCACGGGGACCCGCGGGUGCCAGCUUGGAAUGACAUCACCGCCCAGGUGGCCCUGGACCUCUCCUACCUGUACGCCCGCUUCCAGGUCACGCACUUCUCCUGGUACUGGCUCUGGUACACCACCAAGAGCUGCGUGGAGGGCCUGGCCCGCAAGGUCUACGACCGCCUGCGCCUCUACCGCGUCAACUUCAUCGCCCUGCAGAGGCGGCGAGACCCCGAGCAGGUGCUGCUGCAGUGUCUGCCGGGGAGGAAGGUGGAGCCCACCCUGAAAAGGCUGCAGCCGAGGUACCGAGGGCCCGAGCCCUCCGACACCGUGGAGCUCUUUGAGGGCGAACAGUUCUUUGCUGCCUUCGAACGGGGCAUCGCCAUCGACGCUGAUCGCCCAGACUGUGUGGCCGGAAGGAUCGCCUUCGUCUUCUACUCUCACCUUAAGAACGUGAAGGAGAUUUACGUGACGUCCACGGUGGACAGGAAGGUGCAGGCCGUGAAGGGCCAGGUGUCCUUUUACCGAGGGGCAGUGCCCGACGCCGUUCCUGAGGAGGCCGUGCGGAGGCGGAAGGGCCCGGAUGCCCUGUGGCUUGCCACUCUGCCCAUCAAACUGCCUAGGCUGCCCCAGGAAGAAGGGCAGGGACCCCUGCAGGGGCUGAGCCUGGCCUCCCUGAACCUGGGCGAUGCCGAGAGUGGCUUCCUGACUCAGAGCAACCUCCUGACGGUGGCCAGAAGGCUGGGCCCGGACUGGCAGAGCGUGGCCCUGCACCUGGGCCUCUCCUACCCAGAGGUGCAGCGCAUUCAGUACGCACACAGGGACGACCUCGACGGGCAGGUCCGAAACAUGCUCUUCUCCUGGGCCGAACGGCAGAUGGGGCAGCCGGGCAGCAUCGGGCAGCUGCUGGAGGCUCUGGAGCAGAGCGACCGCCGCGAUGUGGCAGAAGAGGUGCGGGCCAUCCUGGAGCUGGGCCGAAGCAAGUACCGGGAGUCCAUCCGGCGAGUGGGCCUGGCUUCUGAGGGAGAACUCCACACCUAAAGGCCAGGCUCAGGAGCUAGCGAGGCCCCUGCUUUGGUAACAGCGAGGUUCAAUAAGGGAAGGGCCCCCCCUCCCCCAAGAGCCUCCCCAAGCCACUUAACUCUGAAUGACUCGGCGGAACGGAAGAGCCCCCCCACCGGCCUGCUUCUUUCUCUCUUGGGUACCAGGCCGAGAAUGGCCACCCAGGAGACGGGGCUGCAGCAAGAGAGACCCUCCGCCAUCACCCCCCCUCCCCCCGGCAGCCAGCCUGCCGCCUUUACAAAGUCCCGUGAAACCCAAGUCCUCAUCUCAGCUAGAAGGCAAUCCACAGCGACCCCUCCUGAGAAAAGCCCAGGCCAUUUGCUGGGCCUCCCCUCCUCCCCUCCCCCAAACACCUUCUGCCACCUCCUCCUUGCCGCGGCCUCCUUUCCAAGGACGACCCUUCAGCACGCACCGGACAUGUCAUGGCCGCCGCCUGCCCCGGGCCUCGGGCUGGCCCCUCCUGGCUCCCAACGUGCCCCCCUCACAUCCAGCAGCUUCUUCUCGGCCUCCUUUCAUGGCUCUCCAUCCGGGUCACCCCGUUAACUGGCUCCAACCCUGUCCUCUGCAGACCAUGCCCAGCAGGCCCGAGUGGGAAGCGGCUCGUCCCCCACCCCCACGCCGGGAGGGUCCUUCGUGCUGUUCAUCCAGUCCCAAGCUCUCCAGCUGUCUGCUGCACCCGGGAAACCACGGGGUACCUGCUGCAUGACUCGCUUGGCUCUUGUCUCAAGGAGCCCCACUGGAAUGGGGAAGACCACAAGCAAGUUAGAGGCAGAAGAAGCUGGAACUAAUGAAGGGAAGGAAGCGCUUCUUGUAGAGAUGGGACUUAAGGGGAGCCGGGACACAGAGAUGGGGAGGGAGGACGCUCCAGGCAUGCGGGGCGGCCGGGGAAGCCGAGUGUCUCCUUUGAAGAGGCCAGCGGCACUGGGCUGGCAGUCAAAACAACUCAUCAUCCCCUAAAAAAAUCCCUUUCUCUUCCUGACUUCCCUGCUGCUCUGGGCAUGUGUCCAUCCACUGAAGCACUUAACUGCCCCUCCCCCAUUACUGUGGGCACCGCCGGCCUGCAGUCCCCCAAGGUCACAGUCUACAGACCAAGCUCACUCCGGCCUCCUCUCAGAUCCGGUCUAUUGCCAAAGCCUGGAGCUUUCCCUUUUGAGCCUCUCUUCUAGGUUUCAGCCCGGCGCCCCCCUCCGGGACACUAUUAUGCUAGCUCCUGGGGUCUCUGCCGCGGUCCCUUUGGCCUGUUCUCUAGGCUGAAGGGCUGGCUCCAUUCCCCACCCGCCCGAGGCCAAAUACAAAUUCAGUUUCCUACCCCUCCC